CAUAUACACAACUGAUUAAGAUAGUACUAAAUCGGAGACAAAAAAAGUUUGCGUGUAGAGGAACAAUGUCGAUGAAGACUGUGUUCUCGGUGCUCCUACUAUGUAUGCUCGUGGCGACACCCGUAGCGGCUAAGUACGAUGCAUGGAGCGAUAACAGUGGUCCUUGGAUGUGCUAUCCAGGGUAUGCCUUCCAGGUGCCCGCGCUCCCUGGCUGUCGUCCACUGCUGAAGCUCCAGUGCAAUGGCAGCCAGGUGCCCGAGGCUGUCGUAAGGGACUGCUGCCAGCAGCUCGCCAACAUCAGCGAGUGGUGCAGGUGCGAUGCCCUCUACAACAUGUUGGAUAGCAUGUAUAAGGAGCAUGGCGCGCAGGAGGGACAGGCGGGGACAGGAGCGUUCCCACGCUGCCGGAGGGAGGUGGUGAAGCUGACGGCGGCGAGCAUCACGGCGGUCUGCAAGCUACCCAUCGUCAUUGAUGCGUCGGGAGGUAGAGCGUAUAUCUGCAAGGAUGUGGCCACAUACCGGGACGCCUAGUCAAGCGAAUGAGUAGCUACUAUGUUGUGGCAUGCAUCUGCCCCUUAAUUUGUGGGUGCGCACAAGCUAAAUGAAAUGGUGUGUGUGCCUAUGCGAAAUGCAUCGUUGAUGAAUAAAAGUGAAGUUCCCUAUUGAUGA